AUGGCUACCCCUAGUGUCCUAGCUUUUGACGCUGAGGGUCGCGCCAUUGAUUUUGAGGUCUGGUUAGACGACGUGCAGCUGUUCUUACAGUGCGACAGGGCUGACGACCUUUCUCUCUUUGACCUCACCUUUGGCGCCUCUCCUGCUCCUGCUGCUGAUGCUGAUCCCGCUGUCCGCUCUAAGUGGGCCACCCGCGAUGCUGCUGCACGUCUUGCUGUGCGUCGUCACCUCCCUACCUCUGAGCGUGCGCACUUUAGUCAGUACAAGAGUGCUCAGACCUUGUACGACGCUGUAGUUGCGCGCUACUCCUCCCCUGCCACUGCUGCACUGAGCCGUCUCAUGCUUCCAUACCUCUUUCCUGACCUCUCCGCCUUUCCCACUGUCGCUGACCUCAUUACGCACCUCCGCACUAGUGACACUCGCUACCGCGCCGCCCUUCCUGCUGAGUUCUGCGCUAAGAACCCCCCCCCCCCCAUGUACAUCGCUCUCUACUACGUAGUCGCGCGCCUCCCUGACUCCCUUCGCGUUGUCAGGGACCACUUUCUCGCAGUCUGUCCCACCACCCUCACCGUUGACCUCCUCGAGAAGGCCCUCCUCGCAGCGGAGAAGAGUAUCGUCGCUGUAGGUGCUUCUCGUGGUGACCCUCGCACCCCCAUCUUUGAGGGGUGCUCUCCUUCCCCCUUGCUGCCCUCUGUUGCCUCUGCUGCUGCUGCCGACCUGCUUGGUCUUGAGUCGGUCGGCGCGGCGUCUGCCCCUAGUGGGAGACGUCGCUCCAGCAAGGGCAAGGGGGGCAAGGGCGCGGGUGGAGCUGGAGGGGGCGGUGGCGGUGGCGGCGGUGGCGGCGGAGGGAGUGGGGGUGGCGGCGGGACUAGUGGUGGAGGUGGUGGUGGUGGUGGCAGCAGUGGCGGAGACGGUGGUGGUGGUACCAGCGGUGGUGGUGGAGGCAGCGGCGGUGGUGGAGGCGGCGGAGGUGGAGGCGGUGGAGGCAGCAGCGGAGAAGGCGGUGGUGGUGGAGGAGGUGGAGCUGGUCGAGGUGGUACCCAGCAGCGUAGCGGAGGUGGUGGUGGCCAGCGCUCGCACCGGCAGCAGCAGCAGCGCUCGCGGGACAUCCCUCCGCCUCAGCAGCUUCGUGAGUGGUACGCUGGGCGUCAGAGGGGUGGGGGUACUGGUCCCUGCACCUACGUUCUUCGUUCCGGCGACCGCGCGGCGAUCUUUGAUCUUGAUUUUGAUGCUAUCCUUGCUGCUAUGUAUGUUGUGGAUUAUAGUGAGGAGACUGAGGGUUACCGUUGUUUCCAGCCCGACCCGGGCAUUGGUACUGCUGCGCUAGGUGCUUGUGAGGCUGCUGCUCUAGGUGCCAGUGCGUCUGCGCUCUCAGGUACUGGUGAGACUGCGCUCUCAGGUACUGCGUCGUCCUCGUCCUCCCUCACUUUCACACUUGACUCCGGAGCUUCUCGCUCCUUCUUUCGAGACCGCACUACCCUUACGCCGCUCGGCCGGCCGAUUGCGGUCUCCCUUGCUGACCCCUCUGGGGGUCCUGUCCUGUCUCACUUCUCCACUGUCCUCCCGUGUCCGGCUGCCCCUUCGGGCACCCUGUCGGGUCUGUACCUUCCCUCGUUCUCUACGAAUUUGGUGAGUGGAGCGGACCUGCAGGAUGUGGGAGUUCACCAGUUCACUCCUGCGAGUCAGCGGGUGACCCACUGCACGGAGGCACGCACAGGCCGACACCUGGCCACGUUCUUGCGUCGGCCGGGGUCGAGUCUCUACACCCUGACCGUUGAGUCUCCUCCUGUCCCUGCGUCUGGUCAGGUGGCUGCGUCGAGUCAGGUGUUUGCUGCUGCGUCCCGGUCAGGUCCUGAGUCUGCCCCCUGUUCUUGUCGCCUCCUGUCUCACGAGACUCUCCUGUGGCACCACCGUCUUGGCCACCCCUCCUUGCCCCGUCUUCGGAGCAUGGCUUCCCGUGUCCUUGUCUCUGGUCUUCCCCAGUCUCUCCCUCCUCUCCCCUCCGGGCCAGGACCUUCCUGUGUCCCCUGUGUCGAGGGUCGCCUCCGGGCUACUCCUCACUCCUCCCACUUCCCCCCGACAGAGGCUCCCCUGCAGACGCUUCACAUGGAUGUGUGGGGCCCAGCCCCCGUCCGUGGGCAGGGUUACGAGCGCUACUUCCUGUUGGUGGUUGACGACUACUCGCGUUACACCACAGUCCUCCCCUUGCGCAGCAAGGGUGAGGUCACUGAGGUGCUGAUCGACUGGAUCCGCGAGGCUCGUCUCCAGCUCAGGAAGAGCUUCGGCUCGGACUUUCCUGUUCUGCGUCUGCACUCUCACAGAGGCGGAGAGUUCUCGUCUCGCCUUCUGCGGGACUACUGUCGUGCACGGGGGAUCCGCCAGACCUUCACGCUUCCGGACUCACCACAGCAAAAUGGGAUUGCUGAGCGCCGCAUUGGUCUGGUCAUGGAUGUCGCUCGUACGUCCAUGAUGCAUGCGGCUGCCCCCCAUUUUCUGUGGCCGUUUGCGGUGAGGUACGCGGCGCAUCAGCUCAACCUUCACCCCCGGGUCUCUCGGCCUGCGAUGUCCCCAGCCUUGCUGUGGACGGGGAAGGUUGGCGAUGCGUCUGUGUUCCGUGUCUGGGGAUCUCGGGCGUUUGGUGGCAGUUUUUACCACCCCUCCUCUCGUCGUGUUCUGUCCUCCCAGGACGUCACGUUCGACGAGUCAGUCCCCUUCUACCGUCUCUUCCCCUACCGCACUCCUUCCCUCCCCCCUCCCCCGGACUUCCUUGUGCCGGUUCCCCCCCCGGUAGACCCCCUACCCCCUCAGGUUCUUGCCCCCUCAGGUGUGUCCCAGGUAGACGCCGUUGACCUGUUCGAGGUUACUGGUGACUCUGGUGCUGCUGCGGGUGCUGAGCUUGGGGGUGCUAACUCUGGGGGUGCUGUGCGCGGGGGUGCUGAGCCUGGGGGUGCUACUGCUUGGGGUGCUGGGCCUGAGGGUGCUACUGCGGAGGGUGCGGAGCCUGGGGGUGCUGAGCCGGGGGGUGCUGUGCCUGGAGGUGCUGGGUCUGGGGGUGCUGGGUCGGGAGCUGCUGAGCCUGGGGGUGCUGCGUCUGGAGCUGCUGAGCCUGGGGUUUCUCCUGCUGCUGCGUCUCGCCGGGAGCCCCUCUCUCCACAGGAGCUGCGCGAGUGGUUCGCUCGCCGCUGGAGGCGUGCUGCUGAGUCUGGAGGUGCUGCUGGAGCUGGGGCUGGAGCUUCUUCGACCGUUGAGGGUGCGGGUGCUGCCGGUCCCGGAGCUGCUGGACCUGCGGGUCCUCCCGGUGCUGGAGCUGCUGAGGGCGCUGGUGCUGAGCCUACUGCUGUUGGUCCUGCCGCUGGAGGUGUGGGUGGCGCUGGUGCUGUCGCUGAGGGUGCUGGUGCUGUCCCUGCUGCCUCUGGAGCUGCCGCGCGGCCUCGGCCGUACUUCGUUCCGCUCCUGCAGCAGGUUCUUGGUCUUUCUCCUCCAGAAGAGGGUCCACCGCCUGUCCAGUCGCAGUCCCUGCUGGAGCCUUCCUCUCCACUGCCUGCUCCCUCUCCUUACACUGGUCCUACUGGAGGUCUUGCUGAGCGUCGUGAGCCUGCGUCUCGUCCCGCGUCGCCUGUUCGCACUGCUCGCGCUAGUGGUCGCAGUUCGCGUCAGCGUCCUCCUCCUGUCCCUGGCACGCAUCGGAUGUCUUUGCGUCCAUCCACUGCUCCUCUGCGUGCCCCUUUGCCUUCUCCUCCUGAGUCCUCUCUUCCUGCGCUUGCCGACCCUGAGUCGAACUCUCUUCGUGCUGCCAGUCCUACUGUCACGCGUCUGCUUGCUACUGUCGUCACUGACCCCUCUUUUGAGUCCACUGCUGCGUCUGCUCUAGUCGCUGAGCUCGUCGACUUUGCUGCUCGCUGUCGUCUCGACUACGCUGCUAGUCUUGUUGCUGAGUCUGCGUCUGUCUGUCCUCCGUCCGUCGGGGGUGAGUGUGCUCUUGGCACGGACGUCCUAGAGGACAGGCAGGAGGAGUUACAGUGUCUAGUGGCUGCUUCACCUCAUCUCGCGUCUGUACUGCUUGCCCCUGAGGGAGACCCGGAUGCACUAGACAUCCCGACUCCGCGUUCUUACGCGGAGGCCGUAGAGGGUCCCUACUCCUCUCAGUGGCAGGCAGCUAUGGAUGCAGAGAUGGCUUCCUGGAAGUCCACAGGCACCUACGUUGACGCGGUUCCCCCUCCUGGGGCGAACAUCGUCAAUGGCAUGUGGAUCUUCAGGGUGAAGCGGCCGCCGGGCUCUCCACCUGUCUUCAAGGCACGGUACGUUGCUCGUGGCUUCAGUCAGCGGCAGGGAGUUGACUACUUUCACACCUUCUCUCCCACCCCGAAGAUGACUACUCUUCGGGUGCUGCUGCACAUAGCCGCUCAGCGCGACUACGAGCUUCACUCUCUCGACUUCAGCACUGCGUUCUUACAGGGUAGCCUGCACGAAGAGAUCUGGCUUCGCCGUCCACCUGGCUUCACUGGGACUUUCCCUCCUGGCACCCAGUGGAGCCUCCGACGGCCAGUCUACGGUCUCCGCCAGGCACCGCGUGAGUGGCACGACACACUGAGGACUACGCUUGCGGCUCUUGGGUUUGCUCCUUCUACUGCUGACCCGUCGCUGUUUCUUCGCACCGACACUUCCCUGCCGCCGUUCUACAUCCUCGUGUACGUCGACGACUUGGUCUUUGCCACAGCAGACACUGCUGGACUCGCCUACGUGAAGUCCGAGCUGCUGAAGAGACACACGUGCACAGACCUGGGUGAACUGCGCAGCUACCUUGGCUUGCAGAUCACUCGGGACAGAGCACGCCGCACCAUUACCUUGACUCAGUCACACAUGGUGCAGCAGGUCCUUCAGCGCUUCGGCUUCACGUACUCCUCGCCUCAGGCCACUCCUCUGCCUACUCGCCACUCACUCUCAGCUCUGCCUUCGGAUGAGUCCGUAGAGUCGAGUGGUCCGUAUGCACAGCUUGUUGGCUGCCUCAUGUACCUGAUGACCUGCACACGACCUGACCUUGCAUACCCUCUGAGCAUUCUUGCUCGCUAUGUUGCUCCUGGGAGACACAGACCGGAGCACAUGGCUGCAGCGAAGAGGGUAUUGCGCUACCUGUGCAGCACGUCGGGCAUGGGGCUAGUGCUUGGAGGGCGGAGUCCAGUGGUCCUUACCGGCCACGCGGACGCUUCUUGGGCUGACGACCAGGCUACGCAGCGGUCGUCACAGGGUUACACCUUCAGCCUUGGUUCCGGCUCUGUCUCGUGGCGGUCUACUCGCUCGUCUUCGGUUCUCGGCUCCAGUUGUGAGGCUGAGAUCUACGCCGGGGCCAUGGCUGCACAGGAGCUUCGCUGGCUCACCUACCUGCUAACUGACCUUGGAGAGCCGCCUCGUUCUCCUCCAGUGUUGUACGUAGACAACAAGGCCAUGCUGGCCUUGUGUCGAGAGCAGCGCUUGGAGCACAGAACGAAGCACAUUGCUCUCCGCUACUUCCUUGCUCGUGAGCUGCAGCAGCGUGCGUCUAGGAUUGUGGCAAACACGAUCGUGCUGGGCGGUCCAGGAUCCGAGUAA